UCCUGUCAAGAUGGCGGAUAAUCUCCCUUCGGAGUUUGAUGUGAUCGUAAUAGGGACGGGUUUGCCUGAAUCCAUCAUUGCGGCUGCAUGUUCAAGAAGUGGCCAGAGGGUUCUGCAUGUGGAUUCAAGAAGCUACUAUGGAGGAAACUGGGCCAGUUUUAGCUUUUCAGGACUGUUGUCCUGGCUAAAGGAACACCAGGAAAACAGUGACAUUGUGAAUGAAUGCCCAGCAUGGCAAGAGAAGAUCCUUGAAAACGAAGAAGCCAUUGCUCUUAGCAAAAAGGACAAAACCAUUCAACAUGUGGAAGUGUUCUGUUAUGCCAGGUAUGAAAGUCAGGAUUUGCAUGAAGAUGUCGAAGAAGCUGGUGCAUUGCAGAAAAAUCACGCUACUGUGACAUCUGUGAACUCCACAGAAGCUGCAGAUCCUGCCUGCCUGCCUAUAGCGGAUGAGUCAUUAAGCACUGUGAGCUGUGAAAUGCCCACAGAACCAACUCCAAGCAGCAAUCCAGAGAGUGCCCGAGAAGUAAACGAUGUCGAAGCAGCAGGGGAAAAAGAAAACCCUUGUGAUGAGAAAACUUGUGUGUUGUCAACUUCAGAAGAGGAAACAAGGAAAAAUGUGCCUACCACAGAAGACACCGCCGAGCAACCAAAGAAAAAUAGGAUUACUUACUCGCAAAUCGUUAAAGAAGGCAGGAGAUUUAAUAUCGAUUUGGUAUCGAAGCUGUUGUAUUCUCGAGGAUUGCUAAUUGAUCUUCUAAUCAAAUCUAACGUUAGCCGAUACGCAGAGUUCAAAAAUAUUACCAGGAUUCUUGCAUUUCGAGAUGGAAGAGUGGAACAGGUUCCUUGCUCCAGAGCAGAUGUAUUUAAUAGCAAACAACUUACUAUGGUAGAAAAGCGAAUGCUAAUGAAGUUUCUUACAUUUUGUAUGGAGUAUGAGGAGCAUCCUGAUGAAUAUAAAGCCUAUGAGGAAAUCUCAUUUUCUGAAUAUUUAAAAACCCAAAAAUUAACCCCCAACCUCCAAUAUUUUGUCCUGCAUUCAAUUGCAAUGACAUCAGAGACAGCCAGCAGUACCAUAGAUGGUCUCAAAGCUACCAGAAACUUUCUUCACUGUCUUGGGCGGUACGGCAACACUCCAUUUUUAUUUCCUUUAUAUGGCCAAGGAGAGCUCCCUCAGUGUUUCUGCAGGAUGUGUGCGGUAUUCGGUGGAAUCUAUUGUCUUCGCCAUUCAGUACAGUGCCUUGUUGUGGACAAAGAGUCUGGAAAAUGUAAAGCAAUCAUAGAUCACUUUGGUCAGAGAAUAAUCUCUAAGCAUUUCCUCGUGGAAGAUAGUUACUUUUCUGAGAACACAUGCUCACGUGUGCAAUACAGGCAGAUCUCCAGGGCAGUCUUGAUUACAGAUAGAUCUGUACUAAAAACAGAUUCAGAUCAACAGAUUUCCAUUUUGACAGUGCCAGCAGAGGAACCAGGAGCUUCUGCUGUUCGAGUCAUUGAGUUAUGUUCCUCUACAAUGACAUGCAUGAAAGGCACAUAUUUGGUUCAUUUGACUUGUACAUCUGCUAAAACAGCAAGAGAAGAUUUAGAACCAGUUGUGCAGAAAUUGUUUACUCCAUAUACCGAAACGGAGAUAGAAAAUGAAGAAGUUGAAAAGCCAAGACUUCUGUGGGCUCUUUACUUCAACAUGAGAGAUUCUUCAGACAUCAGCAGGAACUCUUAUAAUGAUUUACCACCCAACGUUUAUGUCUGCUCUGGCCCAGACUGCGGUUUAGGAAAUGAUAAUGCAGUCAAACAGGCUGAAGCACUUUUCCAACAAGUCUGCCCCAACGAAGACUUCUGUCCACCCCCACCAAAUCCUGAAGACAUUAUCCUUGAUGGAGACAGUUCACAACCAGAGGCUUUGGAAUCCAGUGCCACACCAGAGGCCAACUCAGAGACUCUCAAGGAAAGUGGAAAUCUGGGAAACUCAGAGGAGCCCUCUGAAUAAUGGGUAUGUCCCCAAAUGGAUCCCACACUUUGGAAAAUCCUCCUAGCCUCAGAGUCUUUGUGAUUGAAGAAUUACUUGAAAAAUGUCGCAAAGCAGCAGCCAGUUGAGAAGCAGAUCGUAGAAAUCCAAAAGGGAUUUCCUCAAAGAGACAUUCCAAGACCACAAAACACUUGUAAAGCACAUUAACUUGCCUGCUGUAAGAUACCAAACCUGUGGAAUUAGCAGAUAAAUAUUAUAAAUGGAUUGAUUCCCAGGAAUAUAGUUAUGGUUACAAAAGUGAUCCUAUGCAUUGUUAGUAAUUCUAUGGUAUUAGAACAGCUUUUGCUCGCCACUUUGGAUCUUUGUUCGAAAGCCACAUCUUCAGAAUCAGCUCACAUAUUUCCUUUCAUUCUUUGAGUUAGGUUUUUUGUAUUGGGUAUAAGCGUCACGACACAAACGAUCAAAUCAUAUGUAAAUGUAGUGGAGAAAAACUAAAGUGUCAUGAUCCAGGCAGGAGCUUAUGUUUGCAAUAGAAGUUUGUUUUGUUUUCUAUCUUGAGGGGUAUUAAAAAUGCUAAUAUUAAGAUAGACAUUUUUACAAAUGCAUCGUGAGUCCAUUACUCACUUUUUUUUUAACGUUAGUAGUGGUAUUUGUGUGUGAAUCGUGAACACACUAGGAAAGCUCAAUACUGAAGAAAUGGAAAGAAAGAUUGGAAUAUGGAAUAGGCUUAUUGGUACUGGGGAAUUCUGUCUAGUCGAGUACCUGGAGCACACUAGCCUAAUUGUCUAUGGACCUAAUUUCAUCGUAGCUAUGCUACUUAUGAUAUUAGGCAAAUUGUUUAACUUCUGAGCCUCAGUUUCUCCAUAUGUAAGGUGGAAAUAGUAAUACCCUGCCUACUGUAUGGGAAUGAUUUUGAAGAUAAAUGCAGUGCCAUGCUUAGAAUUUUUUUUUUCUGGAAUAAAAGCUGUUUCAGAAUUUUCCUAUUGACUUGGGGGUGAGUGUCAAAAAAUCUCAUGCAACAAAUAAUUGUUUGCUGUCAAUGCCCCCAACACAAUAGAUUACAGUGUUUUUAUUGUAUUAAGCUUUUAAAAUAAAAAUCUAUUUCCUAAAUUAGUAUUUUAUAGUCUUAUAGACAGGUAAACACAGUAACAUGUGGUGUUGUGGUUUUGAAUCUUAAGAAGGAACACACUCUAAAUUCUUCAUAUUCCUUUUCUAGUAGGUAAACCUGAAACCACCAAGGACUCUACAUAGAAUACGAUGAUUGGUUAACCUGAAUGUGCACUUAACAUACAAAUGUAAGGGCUGUAUGUAGGUGGCAAAUCUAGUUACAGUGACAGUGCCUAUAAUAAUACUAACAUUUUUCCAAAUGCCACGCUCUGAUGGUUUACCUUUUUUGAGCAAUAGUUUGGACAGAACAACUUAUUUCAAUAAAUAGAUACAUAAAAAGUUUAUUGUCGUGCAGUCUGGCCUAUAGUGCAGAUCAGACAGCCCUGGCUACAAAUAGAAAGCACAUAGUUCUUACUCAGAUACUUCAGCUGCAGCGGGGCUCUGACCUCUCCAGAUUUCACAGAUCUUAAAGGAUGCCAGCUGUGUCAGGUCACAGACUCAUGAGAAAUGGAAAGCAUCAAGGAAUGUAGCUCCUCUCUCACCUUUCAAACCCCCUGCAGAUAGAGCCAAAUCCAGAGGAAAGGAAAACCUUCCUAGCCUCUCAGGCUACCCUAACCCCUCUCUCCAGUGUACAGCCUCUCCUCUGUCGCUUUAAUCCCCUCUAUCCUUCUCUUUCCCUUUUAUAAUGUUAUACAAAUCAGGGACAGUAGAAUCACAUUAUAACCUACUUUGUUAUAUGGAUUCUGAUCAAUCUUAAGUCAUGUUUCCUGAAACCCAACUACAGCAUGUACUAAAUGCACAAUAUAUACCUAUAAGCACCAGGUAUUGGCUCUGCCCCGCAGUACCAGCAAUAUAAACGGUUCCACUGUAUGAGAGUUUUGAGUCUGAAUACAAUUGCAAGUCAGUUGCACCAACUGAGAUACUGUACUUGGUUAGUCUUCGAGUUAAAGCCUCUUGAAUGCAGCAUGCACACUUAUGUAAACAGCCAAUCAGGGUAGACCCAGAAUAGCUAGAAAAAUUCUGAUAGCUUUACUGCAGCUCUCCAUAUAUAGAACAAUGAAGGGGAUAUUCUGUGGUCUCCUGACCUAGUCCAUACUGUACCUUAUUUCAUCCAUUAGCCAGCAUCAGAAUCCCUCUUCCAGGUUAUUUAUUAAAUACUGUUGAAAUGUUUAAAAGCUCCUGAAUAUGAUUAGUGAUGAUUAAGAUAUUACACAACUGUUAAAAACCUUGUAUUAGAGAACUUUAGAUAUUUCAUGUUGCCUCAGAAUGUAAUAGAAAUUAUUCUAAGAGCAUUAUUUUCAACUGUCUUAAUUACUGCAAAUAUUUCUUUUUGUAGCUUUAAGUCAAAUAAAAACCUUUCAAUUUUGUUUUAAAACUGUAAGCCUGAAGUCAUAAGAAUAAAAUUUAUAUGUUGCAGAAAUUUCAGUAGCUAAUUUUAAAUUUUGAAAAUUGCUAUUAUCAAAGAAUUUUGAUCAUAUGUUUAAAAUGUUUAUAUGCAUGCUUCUUAUUAACCAAAAAUGAUAAUACUGUUCUGUUUAGUGAUCAAGAUGAAAACUAAUUACUAACCCUAUGUUGCUACUGUAUUUUUGUCUAGUCGGUAUGCCUGCCCAGAAAAACAAAUAUAUAUAUAUAUUAUACACAUAUAUUUUUCUAUAGGAAAACUGAGCUAUAAUUUCCCCAUCUUCUAUAAUGUUUAGUUACUCAUAGUAAAAUGGUCAUGUUAACAGUUCACUUCUAGAAUAGUAGUUUCUGAGAUUGGCAGCCCUUUAUCUAAAAUAAUGGCUAUGUUAGUGACUAACUUCUGUCUCAGCUGUAGUUCCAGAGAAAGCAGCUCUCUGUCUAAAGUCCUAAAAACCUCAGAAUAAUUUGUUGAAAUUUCAUUGCGGAAUAGUAGUAAGCCUUUAAAACAGUUUGCUUACAAGUAAGAUAUUUACUGCUAUUGGUAUUGAAUCAUUUCUCUCUACUCAUAGUUGAUUUUCUUAUAUGGAUUUCAAAAAGCAUGACUAUAUGACUUCAAAAUUUGCACACUGUAACAGUAAGCCUUCAGAGGAAAUAAAGUGUUUUUUAAUGCC